AUGGCAGCGACCAUGUGGAGAGUAACGAGUAAAUUCUCGCCUUAUUUCAGUAGAUUGUCAGCAACAAAUCUGCUCCGACGUUGUCCUGUUCGUAGAUGUGUGACGGGUCUUGUAAAAGAGAAAUAUGACGACUCGUAUUUCCCACCUAUUGCGCCCUAUCGGACUGAAGAGGAACAGGUUCGGGACAAGUUGUUUGAUCAGGUCAGAUCGGUCGAAACUAGCCAGGAAAUGCUUAAAAUUUUAACUAAAGGACAGGCAUGGACUUACAUGCCUCGAUCGUUCAAUGUUAGCCCAGGUUGUCUGAUGUAUUAUCAGCAUAUAACUAAAACAGUGAUUGUAAAUGAACUACCGAAAUCUCUAACGAACAAUGUGGACAUUGAAGCAGCAGUCACCGAAAUGGUUCCAAGUCUUGUGGAGUGCGUGGAGCAAGAGUUUAGUUACUGCGAUAGACGUAACCUUACAUGGCAGAAAUAUAAUUCUAGACCCCGACAACGUGCGAGAUGGGUGCAAGAAAGUCUUAUCAGAGCAAUCAUAGCAUCACAGUGUGGUGAAUAUCCUCAUUUGAUGACAUGUGAAGCUGAUUUUGAUACUGAAAUCAAAUCAUUUUGGCUUCGAGACGAUUACCGUUAUCAAAUAAAUGAAAAUCCAUGGAUUAGUAUUCGUACAGUGGAUCCACUAAAUGAGAUUGUUGACAUAAAUGAUGAUUUAUCAGUGAACAGUGAAAUACCAAUAUGUUUAUAUCUUCCUAAAUCUAUGAAUACUUUCAAAAAACAGAUCAAAAAUAUCUCUUUCCCUGGUUAUAAAAUGCAAGAUGAUAAGUUACAGCAUGGUCAUACACAGAUUAUAGUGCCACUAAUUUUUGAUAGACAACGAUGUAUUGUAGAGAAGUUAUUGCAUGAAAGACUGAAUGGUAUUGGUCUCAUUACAGGAUUUGGUUGGGCCAAUGCAUUUGCCAUGAGUCAAAAGCAUUAUUGGUUUGAUGACAUAAAAGAACCAAUGGUUGUACAAGUAAUCCACACCAAUGAUGCACAACACUACACAUUUUAUGUGUAUCAGUUGAAUACCAUAGCCCUGGAUCCACUUAGUGAAAAAACCAACAACAAACACAAUAUUAUGUGGACUUCAGGAGAAAUGAAAUUGUUUCAAGAUAUACAAGAUGGCAAGAUAAUAGGAUGGAAUUACGAUGUUUUGAAAUAUUAUAUAAUGUUUCUACUGAACAAGACCAGGUCUGGGAUCACUGCAAACCCACUCAUCAAGAAAUUAGAAACAGAAAACUAA